CGAGCCUCUCGCUCAUCAGUUAGCGGCAGAGAUGGCCGCCUAUGGCUUGUUUCGCUCGUUUUCUUCCGGCUUUUCCACAGUUGCGCCUUUACUUACCCGCUCAGCGCUGUUCUCUCCUCUGAGACUGGCACCCACACCUUAUUAUGGGAGAACAAUAGCUUCUUCGAGCCGAUUAUCAGCAGCACUUAAAUUCACAGACAAGCACGAAUGGGUUCGAGUAGAAGAUAACGGAACAGGUACAGUCGGCAUCAGCAGCUUUGCACAAGAGGCUUUGGGAGAUGUAGUUUACUGUGGACUACCAGAGGUGGGAACACAGCUUGCCCAGCAGGAUGAGUUUGGAGCUCUGGAAAGUGUCAAGGCAGCCAGUGAGCUUUACUCCCCUUUGACCGGAGAAGUUGUAGAGGUCAACUCGCUGCUGGCCGACAACCCUGGUUUGGUCAACAAGUCCUGCUACAAAGAUGGUUGGCUGAUGAAGAUGACUAUUGUAAACCCUGCUGAGCUUGACGCUCUGAUGGAUGAGACGGCAUAUGAGAGAUAUAUCCGCUCCAUCGAGGACUAGCCCGAGAUUGUUUAACAAUUUCUAUGCUCCUGCUUUAUUUCCAACACCACUGGCAGGAAGAUGCACUUGAUGUGCCUCUGAGUUCCAACCUAGUGCUUAGCAUCCAGCAGCCAAUCUUUACAGCUCUGUGCUGCUGAUCUGCCUGGGCCGUAGAAAUGCAAACUUUAGAAAGUUUUGACUUACUGAAAACGACUGACUUUAGGGGACCCGUCAGUCUGCACCGACUAAACAACCUGACUUCUUACAACUUCAAAAUCUUUAAACACGACACAUGAAUCCAAGCCAGUAGAAAAGCUUCCAAGAAUUUCAAUCAAACCUGAAAUUCUUCUCUAGUAUACGUAGACUUAAAAAGCACUUUGCUCUUUAUGGUAUUGUUAAUCAGGUUUGUCUACACUGUGGAUAUGGGGCCUGUGUAAAGAGAAAUAAACAUUUCCUUACAUGUUCA